AUGAAGGCAGCACAAGAUCGACAAAAAUCUUAUGGAGAUAUGAAAAGGCAAGACUUAGAGAUCGAAAUAGGAGAAAAAGUCUUACUUAAGGUCUCCCCAACUAAAGGUAUGAAGCGGUUUGGGAGAAAAGGGAAGCUAAGCCCUCGAAAUAUUGGUCCUCAGGAAGUUUUGCAACGAAUCGGAGAGGUGACCUAUAGGUUAGCAUUAUCUAUGAAAUUAGGCAAUGUCCAUAAUGUUUUCCAAGUGUCUCAGCUUCGCAGAUAUGUUCAUGAUCUAAACCAUAUCCUUCAACCAAGAGCUAUCGCAUUGGAUCAAAAACCUUACCUUUGA